AUGAAAGCAUUUUCUAUCUUAUAUAAAUUAAAUGCAAACAAAAAAAAUAAAAAUGAUGAAAUCUUAUUUUUUUGCCUAUAUGCUAAUAAAUUAUAUUUUUACAUUGGAUCAACAGAUGGAAAAAUAUUUGUUUUUAAGAAAAACGGAUCAUGUUUUUUUGAUCACAUUCAUUUUGUAAGUGUAAUUAAAAGUCGAACAUCUGCAGUUAUUACAAAGAUUUUGAUUGUAGACAAACUUAAGUUGCUAAUUCAUGGGACAAGCAAUGGGGAAAUAUUUCUAAUAAAAGAAUACAAAUUAAUAACAAAAAAAGAGGUAAAAUUAAAAUGUGUGAAAGAAAAUAUAUUUAUGCUACAAAAUAAAUAUCAUAAAAAUACUAUAAGUAGUAUUAACGUUAUAGUAAAUGAAGAGAAUCAAAUUAUAUAUUUAUUUAUUGGUGAUUUAGAUGGGAUAUUAUCAUGUUUUAUUUUAAAUAAAAAAUUAGAAAUUGAAAAUGAAAAAGAUUGUAUAUUAGUUAUUGAUAAAAUAAAUGGUCCAAUUAAUAAUAUCGAAAUAUCAAAAAACAACAUUUUAGUAACAUGUGAAAAAUAUAAUACAAUUAUUAGUUUAGAAGAUAUUCUUUUAAAAAGAGAGAAUAAUAAAAUAAAUAAUUUAAAAAAUAUAGGAACAAAGGAAAAUAAAAAUUAUUAUAAAUCUAUAUUUUUAAAUAUAAAAAAAAAAAAAAAAAAUGGGAAUAGAAUAUUAAGUUUACGACAAAAUGGACGUAUUUGGUUAAGUAAUGAUGAAAAGGUGAUAAAUACUUUAGUUUUUUAUUAUUCUUCUUAUUAUUUUUUUUAUCUUUUUUUUUUUAAUACAACCAAUUGUAAUAGUAACAAUAACUUAUGCGAUAAAAUAAAAAAUUCUUUUUUUUCUUUUAAUUUGUGUAAAGAAUAUUUUAUUAAUAAUAAAUAUUUUAUUACAAUAAUACACGAGAUCUUAGAAAAAUUUACAACCUUCAAUUUGGUAUUGAGGCCUAAUUCAAAUGUUUGUUACAAAUUUACAAAUUCGCAUUUUAUCAUUUUUAAUCAAACACAUCCGCUUGCACACUUUGAUGAUGGAAAUAGUGGAAAUAAUAAAAAUGGUACAUAUGGAAAUAGUGGGAGUGGCGGGGUUUUGGGUUAUGGGGAAAAAGAAAAAAUGGAUGAGGCAAAUUUAGAAAGAGAUAUAAAUAAUGUUCGAAAUUUUAUAAGCGAAAAAUUACAAUGUGAGUUAAAAAAAAAUGAAUUAAAGAACGAUAAAAUUAUUGAGUGUCUAUCUUUUAUCUUAAACAAUUUGAAUGAUACAAAAGAUAUAUUGAACAGAAUAAGGAAUGAAAAAAUAUUUAUAAUUAAUAUUAAAACUAUAAAUAUAGAAGAAAUUAUAAAUUUAAAUUUUGAGUUUUUAUGUACAGAGAAAAUAGAAAUUGUUGAUAAAUUAAAUAAUUCUAUUUCUCAAAAUUUAAUAAAUAAUAAAAUAGAAGACUCUGAUUUUUUAAACAAUACAACAACAAAAAAAGAAAAUACUAAUAAAUAUAACAAAUCUUUAAAUUGUGAAAAUAAAAUAUAUAUUGAACAAAAUAAAUAUAAAAAUUAUUUAUUACAUGAUACAAUAAUUGAUUCUAUAAAAUAUAAAAAUAAAUUAUAUAUAUUAUAUUAUUGUGAAAAUAUGGAUAAUGAUAUAUAUUUUAAUUUUAAUAUAAAAGACAGUAUGUUUAUUUAUCCAAAUUAUUAUCAAAAUAAUAUUCAAAAUAAAAAAAAAAGUUAUUUUUAUUUAUGUGAAAUAUAUUUUCAACAAAAUUAUGAAUUAAUAAAAUAUAUAAUUUAUCAUAUAAAAAAAAAAAAAAAUAAUCAACUAAAUAAAUCUAAUAUUUUAAUUUUUUAUUUAUUUAUAAACAUUUUUAAAAACUAUAUGAAAAAUGAAAAAAAAGAUACAAGUUCAAAAUAUUAUGAUCCUAACUUUUUUUCAUUUAUUGAAAAAAAUAUAAAUAGUUAUGAUAAUAUAAUUACUAAUUUAUAUAAUUUUGAAAACGCUAAAAAUGUUUUAAUCAAAAGUAUAGAGCAAAUAAAAAUCAAUAUUGAAAAGAUGUUUGCAAAAUUUAAGGGCAACAAACAUGGCAAGAACACAAUUUUGUUAGCUGAUAAAAGUUGUAUAUAUCAAAAGGGUUUUAAUUUUUUUUGUGAUAAUACAUAUAAUAUUAGUGAUAAUGCAUUUUUAUUUUUUCAUUUCAAUAUUAAAAAAAUAAAAAAAUUAUAUAGAAUACUAAAAGUUGUCAUAGAUAAAUAUAAAUAUAUUUUUCAAAAGAUUAUAAACAUUGUAAUAUUUUUAAAAAAAGACAAGAAAUAUUUUCCUUUAAUUAGUGAUGAGGAUUUAAAAAAUGGAGAUUUAUUUAUUAAGUUUAUUCAAAAUGACGAAUAUUUGUUAUUCCAAAUUUUAUAUUAUUUUUAUAUUUUCCUAUUUCUCGAAAUUAUAAUUUCAAAUUAUACACACAGAAACCAUACCUCAUUUACAAAUUUCCCAACGCAUCAAGGUGGAAGCGAUGAAAAGGGAAGCGAUGAAAAUGAAAAAGGGUACACAAUUUUAAGAAGCAACUCGUAUAAUAUCUUAUAUAAAACCAACUGCAAAUGUGAUGGUUCAUAUAUUGGGCAUAUUGGUGAUGCAAACAAUAAAAUGUGUAUAGACAGUAAAAAAUGUUAUUUUUAUGAUACUAGGAUGGAGACGAAAUAUAGAUUUAAUUAUAUAAAUUUGAAUAAUUCUGAAAUUGGUAAAAAAAACAAUUUUUUUUUGAAAAUUCAAAAUCGUAGCAUUAUAAAAUCUAUGGUAUUAUAUCGAAAUAUAAAUUCUUUGAUUGCUUUACGAUUUUUUAAAAUGGAAGAAAAAGAAAAAAAAAAGCUUCUUAUGAUAUAUAAUAAUAUAAUAUUUUUAAAUAAAAAAAAAAAAAAAAAAAUUGAUAAAAAUUUUUUAUUAAAAUUAAUAAAACAAAAAGCAGGAAAAUAUGCAAUUUAUUUUACUACCAAUUUGGUGAAAGAACAAAAUAAAAAUAAUAUUUCGUCUUUUUAUGAAAUAAAAAAAAGUACUAAUUUGAAUUCGUCACAUUUUAUUUCAAGAUCUAUAAAUUUAGGAAAUAAUAAAUAUAAUAUUAAAAAUUUUGACAACAUUCUUAAAACCAUUUUUUUAAUAAACAAUAUUAAAAAAGAACGAAAUAAUAUAGAAUAUUUAAAAUAUAUAAAAAAAAAUAUAACUAUUCAAGAUUUAUUUAAAUUUACAAAUAAAUUAUAUCUAUAUAAAAAAAUAUUACAAGGAGUAUAUAUUAUUGAUAUAAAUAAAUACAAACAAUUAUAUGAAUAUUUAUUUUUAUUUGAAAUUUUGUCUCCGUUUUUUCAUAAUAAUAUGUGGAUACAUUCUUUUUACACAAAUUAUGGCGUAGGCAAUGGAAAUAGUUAUAGCCCCGAUUCGAUUUCUACAAAAUAUGAAAAAAAAAACAUGAUAAAUCAAGAACAAAAUUCAUGUCAACGUAUUGUAAAUUUUAUAACCAAUACAGAUAUAGAAUAUUAUAAUAAGUUAAUUAGUACAAUCAAAAAUAAAAAUAUUUUUUUAUUAGAUAUUUUGUUGGGAAUAUAUUAUACUAUAACCACUGAACAAUAUGUUAAUCCUAAAUCAAUUAUUAAAAAAUUUUUUAAUUUUAUUUAUUUAUGUGACUAUAUUAAUUACAUUAAAAUAAAUAAAAAUAAUUCCACUUUAGAUGAUGACAAAAAGAAUAAAUAUCUUCGUUUAUGGAGUUAUGGCCCAAACGGGUUUGUCAAAUGUGACAAAUUUUCCAAAUUUUCCAAGUUUGACAAAUUUGCCAAAUCUGCCAAAUCUGCCAAAUGUGAUGAUGGAUAUUUAUUAAAUAAGACAAAUAACAAGUUUAUACCAUCAAAUUCGUUGCAAAAAAAAAAAAGCAAAAAAAGCAAAAAAAACGAAAUCGAAACAAAUUUUUAUUCCAACCAUUUUGAUGACGUAUUGAAUGAAUAUAUUGAUCUACGAAACAGCGUUUUUUUAAAAAAAAAAAAAAAUAAAUAUAAUAGACUAAUCUAUUUUAAAAAUUUAGAUUUGUUUAAUUUUAUUAAGAUUGCAUAUCUUUUGUGUAAAAUUAAAUUAGAGAAAUAUUCUUAUUUAAAAAAAAAAAAAAAAAUUUGGAGAGGGAUAUCGGGAAAAUACUAUAAGUUAUUUCAAGAUAAAUAUGACAAUGUUGAAAAGGCUGAUUCAUGUAAUAGUUAUUUCAAAAUUUUUUGUUAUGAUAAUAAAUUAUACUAUUGUUUAUGUUGUUAUAAAAUUUGGAUGAAAAUAAAAAAACAAUUCAAUUGUAAAUAUAAUAUAUUUAAUUUAUAUGGGAAAUAUUCCUAUGUGUGCAAAAGGGGUAUAUUAAAUAAGCGCUAUAGAAAAAACGAUAAUAAUAAUAAUGAUUAUUAUUAUUAUUGUACAAAGAAAAGGGAAGACAUGAAAUAUAUCUAUAAUGAAUGGGAUGAACAUAUAUGUGUUGAAUUGUUGGAAUAUAUUAGUAAAAGAGAUAAAAAAUUGUGUAAAAAUAAUUUAAAAAAAAAAAAAAAAAAAAAUUUAUAUAAAUUAUUCCACAUUUUGGUAGAAUUGAAAUGGAAGAAAACGAUAUUGUUAUUUUUAAAUAUUUUUAAAAAACACAGAUCAAAAGAAUUAUUUUUUUUGUUAUUAUUAUUAACUAAGAGAACAUUUCGAAAUAAAAUUUAUACAAAUAAAAAUAUAUGUAGAAAGAAAUAUAUUGUUUGCAAAAAUGAUAACUAUACAACAAUUUUCAAAAAAAAUUUAUAUCAUUUUUAUAAUAAUUAUAAUACUAUUUUAAGAAAUAAAACAAAUUUUGAAAAUAAUGCAAUGAUUUUUUUUUUGUUAUUUAAGUUAAUGGGAAAUGGAACUAAUUAUUAUUUUGUGAUAAUGCUUAUAAUUUAUCACUUUUUUUUGGACAAAAUAUUUUUUUUAGAAAACAUAAUAUCACAAAAAUAUAAAAUACCCAAGGAAUAUUCUUUCCUAUUAUAUUUAUUCCUAUUUAAAAGGCCUCCCUUUUUAAAAAAAACUUCUUUUUUUAAAAAAUAUCUUUUUUUUAAAGAUUUUUUUUUAUCUUUUCAUAGAAAAGGCCAUUUUUUAUUCGCUGAUUACCCAUUUAUAAAAAAUAUUUUAACUUCAUGUUACAAAUUAUUACUAUUUGAUAAUUCGAAUUAUUUAAUUGUUUUAAAUAAUUCUUUAUAUUUCCAUUUUUUAAAAAUAUAUAGAUAUUUUUUUGAUCAAAUUUCUUUCAAUUUUUCUUAUUAUCAUUUUGCUUUUUUUAUGCUUAUUUCUUAUUUUUAUCUUGGAUAUUUUAAAUAUACCAUCAAAUUUUUAAUCCUUUUUUGUGAUAUAUUUUCAGAAUUCUAUCAUAUAUUUCAGUUCACAAAUAAAGAACAAGGAUGUUAUAAAAAUAAUGAAACAGACCAAAAUAAAUGCAACCAAAAUAAAUGCAACACAAGUAUAUUUCAACAUACACAUAUUUAUAAAGAUCAUAUUUAUAAAGAUCAUAUUGAUUCCUUUAUUGGGAAUAUAAAUAAUAUACUUCACAAAGACAUUCCAAUUAUUUUUAAAAAUAAAAUAAAUAAUAAUAUUUCAUUUUUUGAGAUAAAAAAAUUUAAGGGCGUUGCUUCAGAAAAUUACAUUCUUCAAGAUACACAAACUGAUAUUAGACACAAAAAAGAAUCAUUAAAAGGGCUCAGUCGAAUUUGGCAUGACAAUGAAGAUGAAGAAAAAGAUGAAGAAAAAGAUGGAGGUAAUAAUGUCGACGAUAAUGUCGACGAUAAUGACGAUGCCGAUUUAUUAGUUAAACAAAGUGGGUGCUUAAAAAAUGAUAUUCUAAACGACCUUGACGUUUUGACACAUUUCUUUUAUGAAUUAUUACUAAAAUUAUUAUGUGAAAUAAAUUUCAAAAUAUUUGCCAAUCAAAUUGAACUAUUUAUAUUUCGACACAAUCAAAACUUAGAUAUAUACAUACAAAUUAGUAAUUUUAUAAAUCAUUCUUAUGGAAAAUGCACCUUGCUUUAUGCCAAAAAUCGAGACCAUUCCGAAGUCGGAAGCAGCGAACAAAAAGGCGAAGUAAAAAUCGAACAAAAAAGCGAACAAAAAAGCGAACAAAAAAGCGAACAAAAAAGCGAAGUAAAAAGCGAAGUAAAAAGCGAAGUAAAAAGCGAAGUAAAAAAUAUGGGGACGGGAAAUAUAAUAAACUUAAAUUUUUAUGAUAAAAAAAAUAAUAUUCAUGUAUUUUUAGAGAUAAUAAAUUUAUUUUUUAAUAUAUAUUAUUAUUUGUUUUCCAUUAAAUUAAGUUUCGAAAAAAAAAAAAAAAAUAUAAAUAAAAAUAAAUUUUAUAGCAAAUAUCUUUUAACCAUCAUUUCAAUUUUAUUUGGAUUUGCGUCAAAAACUGAAGAAAGAGACAGAACAAAAAAUAAAAUAAAAGGAAAAAAAACACAAAUUAUUUUCCCAUUUUUUAAAGAUAUAUAUUAUAAUAAAAACCACAACAAAGAACAAUUCUAUACUUAUUUAAAUGGUAUGAAAGCAAAAAUAGCAAAUGUGGAAGUGCCAAAUGUGGGAAUGCCAAAUGUGGAAGUAAAAAAAGAGGGACCCUCAUUAGCAGCCCUUUUUUGUGUAUUGUGUAUUAUUCAAUAUGUUAAUUAUUUUAAAUAUAUAAAGAAAAAGAUAAAACAAAAAUUAAUUUUUAUAAUUAACUUUUUUGGUGCCAAAGAAAAUAUGUCAUAUUUAAAACAAGACUGCAAAGAAAAUAUAUCUUCGAAAAAUAUUCAUGAAAUUUAUAAAACAAUUAUAAAAAACAUACCACAAAAUAUAAAAUAG